AGUAGUCGGAGGACUGGGGAGGCAGCAGCAUCACUGCUCACAUCCUUCUAUCAAUCGUCCACAGAGCACUCGCUUGGGUCCAUCCAGAAACGAGCGGAGAGGACGAGACAGAACUGGUGGAGACAGAAGUGGAGCUCCAAUACUCUGCAUAUAUCUUCCCAGGUUUCGAGGAUAGUCUCCAUCUUCCAGCAGGACCUCCUUCUUCCUUCUCUCUCACUUGGACCGGCUGGAUUUUUUGGGUCGAGAAGACUGAUGGGGUCGGGGGUCAGGGGGGUACAGACAACCCGCUCGUCCCGCAUGUGGACAGGGUGGAGUGGAGUGUACAUGUGCGUAUGGAGACUUGUGUUAGUGUGCUGCGGAAUCCGGACCGUUCCUGCUCAAUCCUCAAGAGACGGCAAGUCAGUGUACUUCUGGGAAACAGGUCCUUGGGGAAGGUGUAUGGGCAGCGAGUGUGGCCCGGGAGGCAGUCAGAGCCGGGCCGUGUGGUGUGCCCAUGUGGAGGGCUGGACCACGCUUUCCACCAACUGCCAGCAGUCAUCACGCCCGGCUAACCAACAGGGCUGCUUCCGAGUGUGUGACUGGCACCGUGAUCUGUAUGACUGGCAGCUAGGCUCCUGGAACCGUUGCUUGCCUGUAGCUCAGCAUUCAGGAGGCAGCGGGCACUGUUUACAUGCCGAGGCGGGAGUCCAGACACGGGAGGUGAGCUGCAUGCUGAGAGUCGACGCUUCUCCAGCCGACAAUUCCAUCUGCGAGUACUUUGAGCCGAGGCCACGGCUGGAGCAGGCCUGUCUGAUUCCCUGCCCAAGGGACUGCGUGGUGUCUCAAUUCAGCCCAUGGACUUCCUGCUCCAAGACGUGUGGUCUGGGACUGCAGAAUCGCGCUCGCUCUGUCCUGGCACCGCCGAUGUUUGGAGGCAUGCCAUGUCCCAACCUUACAGAGUUCCGGACAUGCGCGCCGAAGCACUGUGAGGGCAGAGAAAUGGUCUUCAACUUGCGCUUGGGCUCCUGGAGUGAGUGCCACCCCCUUCCUGCACCACCAUCAAUGUCGUCUACUUCAGUCUCGCCACCUCGUGUCGCACGGCAGGUUCGACGCAGGAAAGGUAAAGAAAGACAGGGUUCGAGGGAUCCAGAGACACGUGAGCUCAUCAAAAGCAAACGCAACCGCAACAAAUUGAACCGUCAGGACAGCAGCCUGUUUGGCAUUGAGGUGGGAUACCAGGCACGACAGGUCGUCUGUGUACACCGCAACAGCAGCAUCGUGCCUCUCAGUCAGUGCCCCCACUGGAGUCUCCCCGACCUUCACCGGCCGUGCCUGAUGCCUAAGGAUUGUGUGGUGAGCGAGUGGGUGGAGUGGACCCCAUGCUCCAAGACGUGUGCCGACCCAGACACCCCGACAGGCACCCGAACCCGCAGCAGAGACAUCCAGCAGCUCCCAGUGGGUGGAGGAGCCCAGUGUCUGCAUCUGGAGGAAAGGCAGCUGUGUGAGCCAGUAGGAGAGAGCAUCCCACCCUGUGACAUCUACACCUGGAGGACGUCGGAGUGGGCGGAGUGUCGCGUGGACGUGUUGCUCAGCCAGCAGGACCGGCGACGAUCCAAUCAGACAGGGUUGUGUGGAGGCGGCAUGCAGACCAGGGAGGUGUACUGCAUCCGAGUUAACGCCGAUCCGACCUCUGACCUGAGCAGCAGCCAUGACAAACCAGCACCACAGCCAGUGGACAGCCAGCUGUGUGUGGGUCCUGUGCCGAGUACCAGCCAGCUGUGCCACAUCCCGUGUCCUGUGGAGUGCGAGGUGUCUCCAUGGGGUGCGUGGGGGACGUGUACCUUCGAAAACUGCAGCGACCAAACCGUUAAGAAAGGUUUCAAAUUCCGACGGCGAAAGAUCACAAACUUCCCGACAGGCGGCGAGGGCAGCUGUGCUCACCUGGUGGAGGCCGUACCCUGUGACGAGCCCAGCUGUUACAGCUGGCAGCUGCUAGGCCUGGACGAAUGUCUUCCUGCUGAGGACACAGACUGCGGGACAGGAAGUCAGUUUUCUCAGAGCCGCUGUGUCGACGCUGACGGUAAUGAAGUGAACAAGGAUCUGUGUGAUGAAGCGUCGCUCCCUGGCCCUGUCCCUUGUGUUGUCCCGUGUCCUAAUGACUGCGUCCUCAGCCCCUGGACAUCCUGGUCCACCUGCUCACAAACGUGCUCGAGCAAAACUGCCGAGGGCAAGCAGACCAGAACGAGAGCCAUUCUGGCUUACAGCGCUCGAGAAGGAGGCUCCAGCUGUCCAAACGCCAGCAUGCUACAGGAAAUGAGAAGCUGUAACGAGCAUCCCUGCUUCAUUUACCACUGGCAGACCGGACCCUGGGGGCCGUGCACCGAGGACACCUCGGUCACCAUGAUUAACUUCACCCGUGCCAUGACAACUGGACAGGGCAAGACGUCCUGCGCAACCGGCAUGCAGACACGUAAAGUCAUCUGCAUCAAGGUCAACGUGGGACAGGUCCCCCCCAAAAAAUGUCCAGAAGCUCCUCGUCCUCUGUCAGUGAGACAGUGUGACCUGCCCUGUAAGAAGGACUGCGCAGUAACAGUGUUCAGUGAUUGGACGCCGUGUCCUUCGUCCUGUGAUGCAGGACCCAACAGCCAGAAGAACAACCAGUCCCGUUUUCGGGUGAUCAUCCAGAAGCCAGCGAACGCAGGUGUGGACUGCCCCGAGGCUCUGUAUGAAGAGAGAGAGUGUGAGAUCCAACCUCGUCCUGCCUUGCUGUGUCCCGGUUACAGGUGGAAAACACACAAGUGGCGCCGCUGUCAGCUCGUUCCAUGGAGCAUCCGGCAGGACAGCAGAGGCGCUCAGGAGGGAUGUGGGGCGGGGCUCCAAACCAGAGCGGUCUCAUGUCGACAGCUGGACGGUUCAGUAGCAGACCUAGCCCAGUGUCUGAAGUUUGCGAGCUCCAUGCCGGCAGUAAACCAGCCGUGCCAGCUGCCGUGCCGAGACGACUGCCAGCUCACCAACUGGUCCAAAUUCUCCCCGUGUACUGCCAACUGCGUAGGAGUGCGCACGAGGAAACGGGCCCUAAUUGGAAAGAGCAAGAAGAAGGACAAGUGCAAGAACAGUCAGACGUACCCGCUGAGUGAGACGCAGUACUGCCCCUGUGAUAAGUACACUGCCCAGCCAGUAGGGAACUGGUCUGACUGCAUCCUGCCCGAAGGCUCUGUGGCCACUCCAGUGUCUCGAGUUCAGGGAGACAACCGGGAGUGUGGACAGGGCUACCGCUACCAGGCCAUGGUGUGCUACGACCAGGACAACAGGCUGGUGGAGACGUCACGCUGCAACAGCCACGGGUACAUCGAGGAGGCGUGCAUCAUCCCCUGUCCAUCAGACUGUAAGCUCAGUGAGUGGUCCAGCUGGUCACGCUGCAGCAAGUCCUGCGGCAGCGGGGUUAAAGUUCGCUCCAAGUGGCUCCGGGAAAAACCGUACAACGGCGGCAGACCCUGCCCCAAGCUAGACCACGUCAAUCAGGCACAGGUGUACGAGGUGGUGCCGUGUGUGAGUGACUGCUCUCAGUACGUGUGGGUAGCUGAGCCCUGGAGCACAUGGAAAGUCAGCAACGUGGACCUGAAGGAGAACUGCGGUGACGGGGUGCAGACCAGGAAGGUCAGGUGCAUGCUGAACACCGUCGACGGUCCCACGGACGUAGUGGAGGACUAUCUGUGUGACCCGGAGGAGAUUCCUGUAGGUACACGUGAGAGCAGGCUGCCGUGUCCGGACCAAUGCGUGCUGUCCGAGUGGAGCUCCUGGACCUACUGCCAGCUGCCUUGUAGUGACCAAGAGGAUCGACAGAGAACAGCUUAUGCACUCCGCAUGCCCAGAGAAGGGGAAGAGUGUCCCAGAAGCAUGGAGGCGGAGCCGUGUGUGUUCAACAAGAACUGCUUCCAUUACAGCUACAACAUCACCGACUGGAGCACGUGUCAGUUAAGUGCCAACGCUGUGUGUGGUAGAGGGCUGAAGACCCGCAUGCUGGACUGCGUGAGAAGUGACGGCAAGUCUGUAGACCUCAGGUUCUGUCUGGAGCUGGGUUUGGAGCGGACGUGGCAGAUGAACGCUUCCUGUAUGGUGGAAUGCCCAGUGAACUGCCAGCUCUCAGAGUGGUCAGAGUGGACAGAGUGCUCUCAGACAUGCGGCCCGGAGGGGAGAAUGUUGCGCAGGAGGUCAGUGGUCCAGGCAUCUCAGGGUGAUGGCAGGCCGUGUCCCGCUUUGAUGGAGCAGUGGAAGCCUUGUCCUGUUCGGCCAUGUUAUCACUGGCACUACAGCACCUGGUCUGAGUGCCGUGUGGAGGAAGUGGUGUGUGGAGAAGGCCGGCGUUUUCGGGACUUGUCCUGCUUUGUGUCUGACGGUUCCCGAGACGGUCUGAUCAGCAUGGUGGAGGACGAGCUGUGUUCUGGUCUGGAACUGGCUGUCGACGGGGACAAAAAGAUCGUUCUGGAAGAACCGUGCACUUUACCGUGUCCAGGUGAUUGUUACCUGAUGGAGUGGUCUGACUGGACCCCGUGUCAGAGUGUGUGUGUAAAAGGUCAGCGUGUGGAUCUGAGCUCUGUGCAGGUUCGCUCACGAGCCGUCGUCGCGCAGGAGCCUGAAAACAUCGGCCAGUGUCCUGAGCAAGAGUGGCAGUCCCACCCCUGCACCGACGGCGAGUGUUUCGACUAUAAGUGGAUGAGCGCCUCGCGUUCUGUCUGGUGUGAGCGGUCAGACGGAAUAAACGUCACAGGUGGAUGUCCCCCGACUCUGGCCCCAGGGACCGAGCAGCCGUGUGUCCCACCCUGUGACAAGCCACGUUCCUUCUGCUCCAAGGAAGCUGUGUGUGUGUGCGAGGAAGGCUACACCGAGGUUCAGUCUCCUGAAGGUCUUCUGCAACAGUGUGCUCAGAUCCCCGUGCUGGAGAUUCCCACAGCAGGGAGCAAAAACGAAGACGUGAAGACAAGCCGAGCCAUCGACCCCACCGCCUCCACCACAGACGGGCCUGGACCCACGGGGCGCACGUGGUACCUCAAACCCUUCGGACCCGACGGCCGACUGAAGACGUGGGUUUACGGCGUGGCAGCCGGAGUGUUUGUGCUCCUGGUCUUUAUAGUGUCCAUGGUCUACUUAGCGUGCAAAAAGCCAAAGAAACCACAACGACGACAAAACAACAACAGGCUGAAGCCCCUGACUUUGGCGUAUGAUGGAGAUGCUGACAUAAACAAACACGGACACUCGGAUAAUCAGCGAAACGACGUCGUUUCCUCGUGUGUCUGCUCCCCGGACGUCUGGACGUUUAUUUCCUCAGACGAGUCGACACACAGAAUCAAAUCCUGACAAAAAAACGGAUCUCUAAAGCGAUUGACGAGUGAACUCGAUGUUUUAUGGAUUCUCAAAUGAACUUUGCAUUGUGAAUUUCAGCCUUUCUGUGGAAGGAGGAGACAUCCUGCGACCUGCGUUCUCUUUUCUCCUCAUUUCCAUGUUAUUGCACUAUAUUAGUGCAGCAUGAUAUGCACUCGAGUCAGGGUUUAUCAGAUUUGGGAGUUACACUGUAAAAAAAAAAAAAGAAAAGGAAAAGAAAAAAAAGCAGAGCGAAGGUGAGAAUUCUCUGACUUUUUCAAACCUAAACACUUGAUUUUUUUUUUUUGUUUUUUUUUUUUAUCCAGUCACUUGUGAUAGAUCGUUGGAUGAUGAUUUUUCUUCGCAUUGUGUGUGUGUUUUUUUUUAACUAUUUAAAUAUUUUAUAAAUUAUUUUAUUGAGCUCAUCUGUGAGAGUAUGAUGGUGUGAUGAUGUUUUUUUUUUUUUUUUUUGGUUGUUGUUUUUUUUUUUUUUUUUAGCCCUGAUGUUUCUGCCUUAUUGUGCAAAGAAAUGUAUAAAGUGUUGAAAUAAUUAUGGAUAAUAUAAUAAGUAACGUAUAAUUAAUUACUUGUUCUAUUUGGCUUUUAUACAGAGCUAUAUAUAAAAAAGUAAAAAAAAACAAAAACAACAAUAUGUAGUAACCCUUUCUAUGAAGGUCAUAUGAACACAUUUGUAUCGUGUGAUCAUGCAGGCUGUGAAGUGGUUUGAGAACAGGCUGGAAUUUAUAUAUUUAAUUAUUUUUUUCUUUUAAUGAAUUGUACAGAGUGUGUGUGUGCCCUGCGAUGGGUUGGCACUCCGUCAAGGGUCUAUCCUGCCUUGAUGCCCGAUGACGCCUGAGAUAGGCACAGGCUCCCCGUGACCCGAGAAGUUCGGAUAAAGCGGUAGAAGAUGAAUGAACGAAUGAAUGAAUGAAUUGUACAAGAGAGAAGAUCAAGAAAUCAUACCAGAAAAAAUCGAACAUUUCAUUUGAUUUAAUAAUUAAAUAAACAUCUUUUCAUUUUUAAUAUCUCACUUUAUUCGCAGCAUUAGUAGAACUUAUGAAUGAUUAUAUUUGGGCUAUAAUAUCUAUGGUUUUGUGAUUUGUUUUCUUUACUGUUACUGAAAAAGAGAUUUAGGUAAAAAUUACAAA